GGCGCGCUCUUUUGACAGGAGGCCGCCGCCCCGACAACAUCUGCACGGCUGCUGAGUCUAUCCCUGCCCGGAGUCACACAGCACAGUCUAGGGCACUGCUCCGUCACAACCCGGCGAAACCAAGCUACACUUCGUGGUAACUACUGUGUUGUGUGGACUUCUGCAUCCAUCUUGUUUCUGCAUACUUUGAAGAAUACCAAGAAUAUGUCCAACCACCAAAUCAGCCUUCCUGCUAAACUCAUCAAUGGUGGAGCUGCUGGAUUGAUAGGAGUGACUUGUGUUUUUCCAGUAGACCUGGCCAAGACCAGGCUGCAGAACCAAAGGAAUGGGCAGCGUACCUACACCAGCAUGAUGGACUGUCUAAUUAAGACUGUGCGUUCUGAAGGAUAUUUUGGAAUGUACAGAGGUGCAGCUGUGAACCUGACAUUGGUAACACCUGAGAAGGCCAUUAAACUUGCUGCAAAUGACUUUUUCCGUCAAUAUUUGUCAAAAAAUGGUAAAGGCUUAAAUGUGUUCAAAGAAAUGCUGGCAGGUUGUGGGGCAGGAAUCUGUCAGGUUAUUGUCACGACUCCUAUGGAGAUGCUGAAAAUCCAGCUCCAAGAUGCUGGCAGAUUAGCAGCUCAGCAGCGAUUGAUUUUGCCUUCGAGCUCAUCCACGAAAGUUAUUGCCACCAACCCAGUACUGAGUCGGGCCUAUAAUGUUGGCCCUGCUGUUACCAAGCCAAUCUCUGCUACCCAGAUUGCCAAAGAUUUAUUCUACUCUCAAGGGUUCAGAGGGCUCUACAAAGGAUUAGGAGCCACUAUACUGAGGGAUGUUCCAUUCUCUGUCAUCUACUUCCCACUGUUUGCCAAUUUGAACAAACUUGGACAAAAUUCAUUGGAUGGGAAAGCUUCCUUCUUCCAUUCAUUUUUAUCAGGAUGUGUUGCUGGUUCUGUAGCUGCUGUAGCUGUCAACCCAUGUGAUGUGAUCAAAACACGAUUUCAGUCACUACAUAAAGGAGCAAAUGAAGAAACCUACAGUGGAAUUGUUGACUGUGCAAGGAAAAUCUGGGUGAAUGAGGGUUCUUCUGCAUUUCUGAAAGGAUCUGGCUGCCGAGCACUAGUCAUUGCACCACUCUUUGGCAUUGCACAGAUGGUUUACUUUGUAGGAGUAGGAGAAUUCGUCUUGGGAUUUUCACGGUUUGAGGUGUACUAAUUACAUCCAUUCCUGAAGGACUGACCACAUUAGACUGUGUAUUCUGGAAAAUGCCAAACAAGGAACCAAGAGCCUGAAGCAGCUGCUGGAAGGUUCACUCAUUUUUACCUUUUAUUCAUAUCCUGAAGUGGUUGUGAAUAUGGGAAUACUGUUUGGAGGAUAAAAGAUAUUGGUCACCCAUCUCCUUAAGCUAGCUGAACAAUUUUUGAGACUGUUGAGUUCUGGGAAGUUAAUUGUAAAACCUUAAACUACAGGGGCCAAACUUGCAUUUCCCUCCAGCUCCUCAGUCACUUUUCUUGGGUUUGUGAAGAAUUGGAACAAAAAUUACUUAACGUUUUUAUACAUUGGUCAAAGUCAAUCUCAAUUUUGAGGUUGGAGACCCUUUUAAAAGAUGUUUGGGGAAACAAAAACUCCAGAUAAAGUCACAAGUGAUUUAAUUUCACAAUAGGAACAUCUGAUUGGACUUCAGUUAUGUACUGCAGGAUAAAUGUGAAAUGUUUUUCAGUGACUUGAAUAUCUUCUGGAUCAAGAAUUCUACCACUCUUUUGAAAUACUUGAACAAAACAGUUUUGUUGUUUAGCUAUACAGAAUUCAGUGUCAACAAUGCACAUGAUUCUGCUGUUACUCCUAAGAUUACCACUUUGUGUUAAGAUAUUUGCAAAGAUAGAUUGCAGACCAGCCAAGAUGCUGAAUAGUAAGUUUAUGGCAGAGGACCAUCUGCUGCCGAGCACUUCAUUCUCACUGGUACUAUUGUAGCAAAAUGCCCAUGUUGAGGUCUCAGAUAUGAGACUGGAUUCUCAACAAUUUAGGAUCCCAUGGGCACUUACCUUGCCAACUGGCAUUCACUUCAUGGAGGAAGAAAGCAAUGUCACACGUCUGACAUUUUAACUUUUGUAAGUGUAACCGAUCCUUGUCUCUAGUGUUUUACUAUAAUAAAUGUCAUGAUACAAAGUGCCUUUGGUUAAUGUUUAACUAAUGCCUUCUGUGCCAUUGAAUUGGUUUACAUGAAGUACUGAUACUGGGUCAAACACUUUCAAAUGUUUCCAAUGACAUAUUUAAAUGAAACUGUAUACAAACAGAUUCAAAUGGAACUGUGACAAUAAACUUUUUAUAACCUUA